UUGUUGCAGUAGUUUCAUCUGAACUAGUUGCUCAAUGCUGUUAUCAGUCCCAAAGGUUUUAAUACGUGUUGAUAGAAAAACAUCGUUUACAUCGAUUUUAUGAUAUUCUGUCCGUUUAAAAAUCCAAAGUGAUCAAAAUGGUCAACGUUUUGAAGGUUUUCACUGCAGAAAAUUCUGAGCUCGCAAAUCCUGAUAAAAAGGAAAAAAAUCCUGAAGACGAGACCAUACGCAGCAACUGGUAUGGAGUACGACACACACAAAUUCUUCUUCUGUUUAUGUUGACAAACUUGGCCUACGGAAUGCGGGUAAAUUUGUCCGUAGCCAUCGUGGCCAUGACUGAUAACAGUACAAACCCGAACUACGAUUUUCCGGUAUACGAAUGGCAUGACAAAAGUAUUAUCUUGUCGUCGUUUUUCAUGGGAUAUAUCAUACCUCAAGUGGUAGCCGGCCAGUUGGCAAAAAAAUAUGGACCAAAAUGGUUUCUGCUCGUGACCAUGGCCGUGGGAUCUUUAUUUUCAAUCCUCAUACCGACAUUUGCCCGAUUUGGUUCUUGGGGAGUCAUACUUUGCAGAAUAAUUCAAGGUUUUUGUCAAGGUUUUAUUUUCCCUUCGACCCAUAAUCUUUUGGGAAAAUGGGCACCAAUAUGUGAAAGAUCCAGACUUGGUACCUUCGUGUUUGCCGGAUGUUCCUUGGGGGUGGUAGUGUCGAUGAUACUAUCAGGGUGGAUAAGCGGUAGUUGGCUGGGGUGGCCUACAGUUUUCUACUUAUACGGGUGUUUGGGGCUGGUGUGGACCCUGUUUUGGCUCAUUUUGAGUUCAAACAGUCCCGCCGAGCACAGCAGAAUAAGCGAUGAAGAAAGAGAAUAUAUCGAAUCGUCUUUGGGGAACCAAGCAAAUAUUAGCGAAACUCCCACCCCUUGGAAAAAAAUUUUCACGUCUGUACCCUUCUGGGCCAUUCUCAUAACUCACUGUGCACAAAACUGGGGUUACUUCAUUUUGCUAACCGAACUACCCACUUACAUGGGACACGUUCUCAAUUUCGACAUUAAAUCGAACGGAAUUCUUUCGGCUCUACCGUAUCUUAUCACAUGGUUCCUCAGUUUUAUUUUCAGCUCAGUUGCAGAUUAUCUUAUAAACAGAGGAAUAACGACGAUCGGCGGAGCAAGGAAAAUUAGUAAUAGUAUCGGUCUGUAUUCUCCAGCAAUAUGCCUAAUAUUGUUGGCCUUUCUUUCACACGGAGAAGAAACUACGGCACUGGCAGUUACGCUUCUUGUCGUUGGUGUUGGCCUAAAUUCGGGUCACAUGGCUGGCUAUCAGGUCAACCAUAUCGAUCUGUCCCCAACCCACGCCGGUACACUUAUGGGAAUCACAAACUGCAUGGCCAAUAUUUGUUCUCUUAUGGGUCCACUGUUUGUGCAAUACAUUGUCACUGAUGAGAAAAAUUUGGACCAAUGGAAAAUAGUGUUUUCUACGUCCGCUGCCAUUUUUAUUAUAGGCGGCAGCACGUUUAUUCUUUUAGGAUCUGGAGAGCGGCAAAUAUGGGAUUCCCCACCGUCGGUACCAAAUCGUAGAAAAAGCUCUACAAAUUCAACAAGAUAAACCAUCUUCAUGCCAAAUAUCAUGUGUACAUAUAUUUGCAUAUUUUAUUUAUAAAACAAUUGUUGAUUUCGAAUUAAAUAAAUGUUUAUUUUUCGCAA